AUGGCUGCAGCCUCAGCCAGCUUCAGCCCCCUCGCUAAUAUCAUCAACAAACCAUCUGAAUGGUCAAACGAUGUGCGUGCGGCGGUUAUCAUCGCACUCUCCGUCGUUGUCUUCUCUGCGGUGUUGCUACGCCCCAGUUACGAUGGAAAGGUCUAUGAUCUUGGAGGGAUACCUAUCUUGACCGUAUGGUCAUUCUUUACCAAGAGGUACGAUUUUAUUAGGGAGCAGUUCAAGAAUAGUGGAGGGAAAACGUUCCGUUUCCGGGUACUUCAGCACCGCGUGAUUGCGUUUAAUGGAGAGCAGUCGCGAAAAGUCUACUUUAACGAGGCGGGUUUCAGCAUGUCGGAAGGCUACAGAAUCCUCAUGGGUGGUGCGCCUGAAUUAAAGGAUGCUCAUGUCCAAUCCAGCGUCACUGAUGCUGAUAUUGAGGAUGGCUUCAUAAAGCGACUAUUAUUGCUUCUCAGAAGGGACAGAAUCACCGACACUUUGCCUACUCUUCUCGAUGAUAUGCACACUCGAAUGACAGAGUGGGGGACCGAAGGAAAAAUCAACCCUUUCAGCCAACUCGUCUUCCAAAUGACCAUUCGAAUGGCAACGUGCAAGGAGCUGGCGGAAGAUCGCAAGGCGAUGAACGAUUUGGCAAAGCAUUACUGGGCCCUCGAGAAGAGUGCUACACCCGUCUCGCUUCUCCUCCCCUGGUUCCCUGGCCCCGCUAAGCGAGCAAAGGAGAAGUCGACGGUCGCACUGUACAAUCUAUUCAACUCCUUCGUAGAACGCCGCCGUAAUGCCACUGUCCCGUCCUCAGACCCCAUCGACCUCUUUAUUGCCCAAGGAGAUUCAAACGAUACUAUUAUCGGAGUACCAUGCUGGACUCUUCUCUUCCUCGGCUCAAACCCAGUGUGGAAGAAAAAAGUCGUCGAUGAGCUCAAAGCCCUCGUCGCGAACCACACCGACACCCUCUCCUCCGAGCCACUGCACAAGCGCCUCGCCGCGAUCCCGCUCAACGCUUGGGAAGAACAACUCCCAACCAUUGACCUUGCCAUCCGCGAGACGCUCAGAAUAACAGCGACCGGGUCUACCCUUAGGCGGAACAUGCACAAGGACGUCACGGUUGAUGGCGUCACUGUCAAGCGCGGAGACUUCCUGACGUACCAGCUCGCAGACGUGCAUUUGAACCCAGAGAUAUACAAGGAUCCGAUGCAGUUCGAUCCGUCACGGUUCCUUGAGGGCAGGGAGGAAGAUCGCAAGGAGACCUUUGCAUUCAUUGGCUGGGGUGUCGGCCGUCAUCCUUGUGCUGGUAUGAAAAUCGCGAAACUUGAGAUCAAGUUGAUCCUGGCUUUAAUCCUUCUUGGAUACGAGUAUGAACUCGUUGAUGGUUCCGGGAAGUACCCGAAGCAGCUUCCAACUCCAGACAGGAACGAUAUCCAGCAGGCACGACCGCUAGGAGAACCUUGCUACAUGAAGUUUAAGAAGGUUGCAGAAUAA